CGCCAGUAUAUUGCUUAGAAUUAAUACGUGUAUAGACAAUCAAACUAAACAUGAUAUCAAAUGUAAAAAGUGUUUUAGUUCAACGGAAAUCAAAGUCUUUAGUUUUCUCUUCAUUAGUUGUAUUCGUUAUGUUUAUUGCUGUCAGAUUACACAUUAAGUGCAGUAAUAUUCAAGCGACCGGAACAUUAAGCACUGGAGCUUUAAAGAACCACGGAGCACACCCCUCAACGUCAAAAUAUAAUUCGAGUGAUCAGAAUGGGCGAAAAGUUAAACCGAUUGACUGCAAAGACUUAAGACAUGGUCUUGUUGGUGAACUAAAAAUGGCAAAGCAUAAUGCAACAAACCAUACUCUACAUACAGAGCCAGCUCCAGAGGCGCUACCAACAUAUACUACGGACAAAAGGGGGCGCUGGUUUCCACUCUCGUGUCAGCCAAAGCAGAAAACGGUCAUAGUUAUUCCAUUUCGGGACCGAUACGAACAUCUUAAAAUUUUUAUUGAACAUUUUGUUCCUAUUCUACAAAGGCAAUUAUUAGAUUACAUAAUCGUAGUGGUAGAACAGGAUUUUACCCAAAACUUCAACAGAGGUUUCCUAUUCAACGUUGGAUACAAAGAAGCGCUUUUGUUGACAAAGGAUAACCCAGCUCCUCUAUGUAUGAUACAACAUGACGUCGACUUACUCUUGGAAAAUGAUCGGAUGAUCUAUGAGUGUUCAAAAAAUCCAACUCAUUUUUCUGUUAGUUUGGACAAAUUUAAGUACAGGUUGCUGUAUUCAUCGUCCUUCGGAGGUGUAACUGCAGUGCUAGGGGAGCAGUUCGAAAGGUCCAACGGCUAUAGUAAUGUUUUCUUCUUUUGGGGUGGUGAGGAUGACGACUUCAGAAAUAGAUUACAUGUUACUGGAUAUCGUACUAUACAAUACAAAAAUGCUUCAAUUGCUCGUUAUUCUAUGCUGAAACAUCAGAGUGCAGAAGUUAUCAAAGCUAGGCUCGAUGCUCUGAUAUUUGGAAAUAAAAUAUACCAUUGUGAUGGACUUAAUUCCCUGGACUAUACAGUGAAAAGCAGAACGUUUGAGAAACAUUAUGUUCUUAUUAAAAUCAACGUACCUUCCGUUCUCAAAACGUCAAGUAUUUGUCGGAACUGUAUAUCGAAACACUUAAAGACAAAUGACACAUAUUUGCCCAAAGUUUGCCGAUAGAAAACAUUAAGAUGUAAGAAAAGUUGUUUUAGAAACACUUGAGAUGACAUUAGGAACAAAAUCACCACGACAAAUAGACAUCCAAAAAUAAAUAAACUGUAGAACUUUUGUAACCCAUAACAAGUAUACGACUGCGACUCGGAAGAAAACCCGAUGGGCGGUUUUGUUGUCAUGGCGAUAGAAAGAGUUAUCAAGAAAAGAGGCCGGACGACCAAAAAGCCAACAUUCCUUGGUGUAUUUGUUCCCGAGAAUGACACUAAGCCUUUGAUUCCCUCAGAAUGGGCAUUCAGGGUUUCGGGAAUAGGAUUUCCGGACGUAAUAGAGCGGGCCCACCGUUCGUCACCGUGAGAAUGCUUUGGGGCACACCGUGGGCAUGGGUACACGGUGGAGAAACAAAUAAUUUUACAG